CUGGGCACGGAACGUGCAAAAUAGAGGGCUUGCAGUUGCAUCUCAAAUCACCUACCAACCGCGGUGUUGGAAGACAAGUCAGUCUGGUAAAAGUCCUCCAAUCGGCCACAUGACUGGUUGCGUAUUGCUACCACCGGAAACGUCAGGAAGAUUACCCAAUAUUUAUUUUUCUAAAGACCGAGAAAAGGGAGGCAUUGGGAUAACCCUCCACUGGUUUGCAGCUUCUGUUCCAACGAAGUGCCAACACACCUGAUUCAAUGUAUCAAACCUAAUUAGUUUAUAAUUACGUGGACUAUUGCUGGGCUGGACAGAACUCUGCUCAACCAGUAGAUCAGGUCUCAGUGGGUGAGGUUGGCCGUGUCCUUGUUUUUACUGAAAUGUCUAACCUUUACAAACGAGUUAGAUUACUUGUACAUUUUGAAAUGAUAUGAAAGUGUUGAUUAUUUGAAGUUAAGUGUUAAAACUGGUUUUAAUUAUUAACUUAACUUUUAUUUAGGAUGAACUAGUGUUGAUGUUGAGUAAUCCCAGAUCACAAUCUUUCAAUAAAGAGGGUAAGGGAAUCUGUCUCUAAUUAGUCUAUUUCUGUAUUGUCUUAUUUGAUUGUCACUAUUUUCUUUAGGAUAACAGCCAUGUGAACCCAUUUUGCAGCUGAUAAUGACCUACAGCAGACUCCAGUCCUCCAGUCCCCACAACAUCACACAUUUUUGUUGUAGCCCCAGACAAACAUACCUGAUUCAACUUAUUUAGGGCCUGAUGAUUAGUUGACAAGUUGAAUCAGGUGUGUUUGUCCAGAGCUACAAUAAAACUGUACCUUUGGGGGUAUAUUCGAGGACCGGAGUUGGGAACCACUGGCCUACAGUAUGAUGGCAUUAGCGUUAUGGGCAUUUGCAAUGCACUCCUUGACACUGUACAUCUGAAGCAGAGAAUAGUUUAACUCACACAUUGUUUACAUAUUGUUCAGCUAUAUGUUUUCAAUUUAAAAACAAUACCAUUAGACACUGCAUAUAAGGCUAAUCAUUAUACUCAAUAUUGUACCUGCUUUGUGCUGACAUGAAAUUAUUAGCAAAUCCAACUCUUGUAAUCUAGGUGGAAUCAGAAGAUGAUGGGGAUCCGUAUCUGAAAACACACAACUACUACCACCAAGUUCAAUGACAGAUACUUUUCUCCAAGGUCUGAGUAGCACUUGGAGGUGCCACUGUGAUAAUGAAGAUGGUUUGCCUAAGACUCCCACAACAAUUACAUUGUCUAUGCUACAUGUUAAAUUGUAAAGAAAGAAAAGUUAGGCUAUAAGAAAUCAUUUUUAUUCAAUGGGGCUAGGCAAAGCAGAGAUGACACAAUACUUUGUAUUCAAUGGGGCUAGGCAGAGCAGAGAUGACACAAUACUUUUCAUUUCACCCAAACAACAACAUUAUUAAAGUACAGUAUGUUUAUAGUAUCAAACAAUAGUCUUUUACACGUUCCAAAUUACAUUUUAUAUAUUGAUAUGGUUUAAGGGGGCACUUUUGUCAUGAUGACAAGGUGAAAAUGCUUUCCUCAAAUGGCACAACAGAACUCUCAGAUUGACCAAAGCACAGCAUGUAACAACCAUCUUGUGUAACUGAGGGAUGUCUACUUUCAUAUCUGGAAAAGGAUGAACUAAUAGAAGUAGAAACUGGUGCUGCUGCAGCAUUGCUCAUCUUCACUGUUGACAUGGGUGUGGUUGCCAUGUUGCCAUCUUUAUGUACCCACAUAAAGCCCAACAUGGCAACCACAUGUGGGGCCAACAUGGAUACUGAGGACAACUUUAUGAGAACCUUCUGGUUAUCCUGGAUGGGGGUCCAAGUGGUAACCAUUCUUUAACUCACCUGGGAUAAAACCUGGAGCCCAUGUGGUUUAUCACACAGUUGCCCACUAGGGUCCCUUAAUAAGCCCAACAUGGCAACCACACUUGGGGUCAGCUUGGAUACUGAGGACAAAACAUUGUAGGUCCUUUUGGGUUUACCUAAUGUGGCCCAUGGAACAGCCCUUUAUUAACCCUUAUGGGCCCCACAUGGAAAUGUUGGCUGGGCUGGUUUUCAAUUUAAAAAGGUUUUCAUGAAGAAAGGCGUUUGUUUAGCUGCAUUUAGUCAUGGCUACCUUGUUUUGAGCCUGCUAAGUGUGUUUCUCAUUGCUAGGUUUUAUGGGUAUUAUGACUCAUAAAGCCAAACCUUGACUCAAUAAAGCCAAACCCUUGACUUUCGCAAUUGUGAAAUACACGGUGUUGCUUACUGUACUUUACUGUAUGUAUACUUGAAUUAUCAUUUUUCAACGGGAAAUGUGCAAACAUGGAGUGGGACUUAAAAGUAAAUAAACAACAGUAACAUGUAUGGUGCUGAUUGAUUGAAACUGAGUGAUCGAUCAGUUAAAUGGCGUGCUACCAUUGGCGGUGGCGGCGUGUUCUCCUAUGCCUGUGCUGUACUCCAGGUGUCCUGGUGGGAUCUCUCUGUGUGUACGUCACCCUGGCCGUGUGCUAUGGUACUACCACCACCACAGGCCCAGGCGUUGCUGCCCCUAUCCCACAAACUCUACCAGAGCACUUCAUUGCACUGGGGUUAACCAGUAAUGGCACCGUGGCCCCCAUCCCACCAGCUCCUUCUGGGACCCCAAGCCCCACGGAGGAGCCCUCUGGAACCUGCUCCAGUUACACAUUGACCGCCAAUACAACCCCAUCCUGAUGCCCAGCAGAGAGUACAAUUACCAUCUUGAUACCAAUAAUACCAAUAAUAAAAACGAUUUGCGGUUUUCCUUCCCCACCUUGAGUGCAGGGUUCUCUGAGAUUGGGAACUUGACGUCUCAAAUGGAGGAUUUCCCAGAGCUGCCCCUGCAGAUGCAGAUGUUUGUGCGCUCCAUGCACUUCAGGGACUACCCUGUCCUCAUUGAGCCUGCUAAACUGUGUGGGCGUGGGCCAAGGAAGGGACAGGGGCCUCUCCUAGUGCUGGCCAUUAAGACCAAGGAUCUGAACUUUGAGAACCGUCAAGCCAUCCGGCAGACAUGGGGCCGGGCGGGAUGGGUGGCAGGGGCGACAGGGAACGGCGGUGUGGUGAGGAGGGUCUUCCUCCUGGGGAAGAACCACGCAGAGCCCCGAGUAGACGUCAGCGAGCUGCUGCAGCUGGAGAGCCGCCAGUACAGGGACAUCCUCCAGUGGGACUUCCACGACUCCUUCUAUAACCUCACCCUGAAGGACGUGCUGCUGUGGGACUGGCUCUCCACCCGCUGCACCACGGCACGCUUCGUCUUUAAAGGGGACGACGACGUCCUGUUGCGGACCCCUGCUCUCUUAGACUACCUCCGGGAGCAGACGAUCCUGUCAGGUGCGCCUGGGUCAGAGUUUAUGAAGGGAUUCAUGGUAGGGGAUGUGAUAGGAGCAGCCAGCCCCAACAGAGUCAACACUACCAAGUACUUUAUUCCUGCUAGUUUCUAUAAUGGUCUGUACCCUCCGUAUGGGGGUGGCGGAGGGGUGGUGUACUCAGGGGAGCUGGCCCUGAGGCUCAACCGUAUUUCCCGGAGAGUUCACCUGUACCCCAUUGAUGAUGUCUACGUGGGCAUGUGCCUCCACAGGCUCGGGGUCCACCCCAUCCACCACCCCGCCUUCCUCACCUUCGACUUCCCCAAGAAAGAGGGGGAAGAGCGGUGUGCGUACCACACUAUCUUACUGGUACACAAACGCAGCCCUGCUCAGGUGAUGAAGCUGUGGUCGGAGAUAAUGAGGAACCAGACAGAGUGCAACAGCACCAUCCUGAGAACUGAGAAGGAGAACAAGAAUACAUUUCUGAUAGAUCCCUUUAGUGUGAAAGACAACAAGGGACAGGAACUUCUGACGGAUCCAUGGGGUAGUUCUGAAAAUUCAGCUCUAUAGUGAGGUAAUCACUGACUGGUAUGAAACUGACUUAAAGCUGCAAUAUGCAACUUUGUGAGUGACCCGACCAAAUUCACAAAUGUUAGCUAUACAAGCUCAGGUGCAUUCUGUUUCUAAUGAUCAUCCUUGAGAUGUUUCUACAACUUGAUGGGAG